AUGCAGCUGAUGCAGAUUUUCUUCGGCCUCGCAUCGGCAGCUGAGGUUGCUUACUACUCUUAUAUGUAUGCAGUAGUGGAUGAGCAACAUUAUCGUAAAGUGACGUCAUAUAUUCGAAGUGCCGCUCUGAGUAGGGAAAACGUUAGAUUUGGUUUAGCUCAGAUAUCUCUGGUUGCUGUUUGUACUGUUUUCUUUAUUGCUAUUGCGUUACCAUCAGUUCCUUCUCCAACAGCUUCAUGUCAACCCCUGGACAAUCUAACAUACGAAGGCCGGUCUCAGAAAGAAACAUUGACGGAAGAUGAAGUGAAGAACAAAAAGCUCGAAAAAGGCGCCAUUCUGGCAUUCCUCGUUCAAUUUGCUGCCAUCAAUUGGAAUCAGUAUGAUGGGGUCGCUUUGUGCAACAUACGCUUGCCAAUAACAACUGAAAGCUAUGGCCUAGGUGUUUGGGAUGGGAAUACUUUGCUAGCUGUCGUGUUGCAGACUGCUUUAACAUUGAUUGUUGUUGAUUCUCAUGGUCUGAACUUGAGCAUUAGAACACAAUUUGUCGUGUAUGCUGCGUAUUUCGGUUUUGUAGCAGCCCUGUUUGUAGUGGGAUCUAUCUGCUCAAGAUUCCAGAAGAUUACAAGUGAGGAGGAAGACGAUUCAACUCAGGAAGAGACUACUUAG